AUGGAGUUGCACCCCCAUCCAAGUACUGUACUAGCGCCCAACGUUCAACUUCGAAGAGUGGUCGAGCAAUUCGAUCUUUUGUUCGACCGUCCGGGUGAGCCUAUGUACACCCCAAAAGGCGAGGCGAGAAUCGGCAUCGAAGUUCCAUCAAAAUUUGUGCCCGAAGGUCUUAGACCAGCUGCGGCCGCAUCUGCUGCCAGUGCGUCUAGAACGGUGAGGGUACGUGAGAUAGCACUUCCCGACUUGUCUUACCCACUGUCCCUCCCUCGCACCGCUGUGUUUUCGUUGUUCAACCCCAUUCACAGGAAGAAGGCAAACCAUCUUCUGGCCGUCUUCUUAGCCUUGCGCACCUCCGAGGAUCUGUUCGAUGCCGCCGCUUCCAUCCGUGACCAAGUGAACCCUCAAAUGUUCGCUCAUGCCCUUUCCAUCGCUCUGCUGCAUCGUACGGACACAAAGGACAUCCCACUUCCUAAUUUCCCGGAAAACUUCCCGGACAAAUUCUUCGACAGUGCCGUCACCAAACAAGCCAGGGAUGAAGCCAACGUUAAACCAGUCGGUUUACGAAUCCCCCUAGAGAUUCCCAGAGACUGGACAGCUUCCGACAAAGAUCCCGAGCAUCUCGUGGCCUACUUCCGCGAGGAUGUGGGCAUCAACCUCCACCAUUGGCAUUGGCAUCUGGUUUACCCAUUCGACGGUCCCCGCGUCGUCGUUGACAAGGACAGGCGUGGCGAGCUCUUCUACUACAUGCACCACCAGAUCAUGGCAAGAUACGACUGCGAGCGUCUCUGCAACAACCUUCCUCGUGUGAAGCCUCUCGACGAAUUCCGCAAACCUAUUCCGGAAGCGUACUUCCCGAAAUUGGACGUCGUCAAUGCUGGUCGUGCCUGGCCUGCUAGACCAUCCAACAUGACGCUCAGCGAUGUCGACCGCGCCGUAGAUCUGGCCAAGGUCACCAUCACUGAUCUCGAAAAUUGGCACAGGAGCGUGAUGGCCGCCAUUAGGAGUAAGACGGUGACCAAUACCAAGGGCGAGAUCAUUCGUCUCGACGACAAGAAGGGUAUCGAUAUCAUUGGCAACAUGCUCGAAGCCAGUCCAGUUCUCAGUCCCAACUUGGAGCUCUACGGUGAUUUGCACAACCAGGGACACAACGUCAUUUCCCUUAUCCACGACCCGGAUCAUCGUUACCUGGAAAAUGUCAGCGUCAUGGGUGACAAUACCACCGCUAUGAGAGAUCCUGUCUUCUACAGAUGGCACAGCUACAUCGACAACCUUUUCAGGGCGUUCAAGGACGACACGACUCCUUACUCCAAGGAUGACCUUACCUUCCGUGGUGUUACCGUCACCCAACUUGGCAUUAGCUCGGGCAAUUCGAACCCCAACACCUUGAACACUCAUUGGUCCAUGGGUGACAUCAAUCUGUCCCGAGGUCUCGAUUUUGCUCCACGUGGAGCUGUCUUGGUUCGCGUGACCCAUCUCAAUCACGACGAAUUCUCCUACAAUAUUACCGUUAACAACACCAACAGCGCAACCGUUUGGGGAACGUGUCGUAUCUUCAUCGCGCCAAGACUUAACGAGAACAAGCAACCGUUGAACUUCAACGACCAGAGAUUCCUGGCCAUCGAGAUGGACAAGUUCACUGUCGAGCUAAAGAGAGGCCAGAACACAAUUACGAGGAAGUCGACCGAGUCCUCGAUCACCAUCCCCUACGACGCCAUAUUCCGUGAUCUGAACAAGGAUCGGCCGGACGAGAGCAACCAGGGAGCCAUAGCUCAGUACGCUUAUUGUGGAUGCGGCUGGCCGCAGUACAUGCUUGUGCCCCGAGGCACCACCGAAGGCUACCCUAUGGACCUGUUUGUCAUGAUCUCUGACUAUCAGAAAGACAAGGUCGAUCAAACACCACCAGAGGGCUGCCGUACCGGGCCCAGCUUCUGUGGACUCCGGGACCGCAAGUACCCGGACGCCCAAUCCAUGGGAUUCCCCUUCGAUCGGUGGGCAGCGGCCAAUAAGAUGGACGAUUUCCGUACUCCUAACAUGAUGACUCAGCAGAUAACCGUCAGAUACUCCGACACGGUCAAGCCGAGGAAAUAA